AUGCUUCUCGGUAAUAGCUUCGGCAGUCACGCGACGCGUAGAUUCGACAGUUGGCUCAACGGUACGUUUGUAAACAGGCUCGGUCGGGACUCCGUGCGCCGCUGCGUUGGGCACGAGUGCGAGCGAGGAGGGGCGGCGCCAGGCGCGUGGAGAAGAGAAGGUGAAGGCGCGCGAGUGACUGGGGCUCGAGGUAGGGUCGGGCCAGCAGCUGCAGCUGCAGUUGCCACUGCGACCCGCGCGGGCCGUGAACGCACGGCGAGGGGCGCGGGUACAGGGGCAGACGGGCUGGCCGAGCUGCGAGGGCGGGGCGGGGGGGAGGCGGAGGGACGCGCGAGAGGGGGCGAGAGGAGCAAAGGGGGCGAGAGGAGCGAAGGGGGCGAGAGGGGCGAAGGGGGCGAGAGGAGCGAAGCGGGCAGUGGCGAGGGGAUGGUGGCGCAAGGCCCGACAGGCGGUGCGUGCGACCGCGAGCAGCGAGAGGAGGGGGCGGCGGGGCGGGAGGCGGGGGGCAAGCCGCGGGUGAUUGUGAUUUCGGGUCCCACAGCCGUGGGCAAGUCGCGGCUGGCGCUGGCGGUGGCGGAGGCGGUGCGAGGCGGCGAGGUGGUGAGUGCGGACUCGGUGGCGGUGUACCGCUCCCUCAACGUCGGCUCCGCCAAGCCCUCCCCUGCCCACCAGCGCCGCGUGCCGCACCACCUGCUGGACAUCUGCGAGCCGUGGCAAGGCGAGGUGGUAACGGGGCCGUGCAGUGGGGGGGAGGCAAGCAAGGUGAGUGUUAUGGAAUGGUGCGAGUAA